AGGCUGAGGGCGGUGGGACGUUACGAGCCCCCUGCCCUCCUCGUGGCCGCGGAGCCGUGUCCCCGCUGGGGACAGUGCCGCAUUCCUGGUGUGGCAGCGCCACCUGGUGAGGUGGCCGGGGGGCCACCAAAGCCCCCUCGCUCCCUCCGGGGGUUUGUCCACCACCACCCGUUCCUGCUGAUCUGCCAGGGGCAGGUGGCCGUCCAGAGUGCCACCUCAGUGCUUUUUUUCGUUUUCCUCUUCCUUGCAGGGGCUCCAAAAAUGGGGAUCUGUGGCCCAAGCCCACUGAUGCCAGACGGCUGACGAGGAACACGAGGUUGCUCCGUCCAACAUGACCAUAGCGGGGUCUCCUACGAAGUGCCAGGCGCCACCCGGGCACAGGACCGGGUGCCUGAGCAGGGAGAGGGGAAGGACAUCAUUUUGCAAGUGCCCCAGUGCAUUGGCAGGGCUGGCACCCAGAAACGCCACAUGUCCCCGGGGAACAGCGAAGCCCAAGCUGUGGGGCUGUGCCAAGGGCCUUGUGGCCCCCAGGAGCACCGCGUCUCCCCGAGGGCUGGGGCUGGGGUGAGUGUGUCACAGGCAGCGUGGCACUCUGGAACGCGUCCCCGGGAUACAGCAACAUGACGGCCACCGCAACCAUAGCCUCUAUGGACAUGGGGCUGCUGCUGAGAGAUGAAGUUUUUGUCGACUUUUUCAACACGUUUCUGAAUCUUCCUGUGUUUGGCCAGACGCCCCUUUACACCAGCAGCACGGGGCAGUGGGACCUCUGGCCAGAGCUGCCCAGCCACCUGGAUGCCAGCCCCCCGGCUUUGCUGGCCUGGCUGGCGAAGCACCGCCUGCCUCACUUCUGCAGAUCCAGCCUCUGCCUCCACCUCGUCCUCUGCCAGAAGCUCCUGGGUUUCGUGCGGUCGGAGGAAGCAGAGAAACUGCUGAACUGGCGGAGCGCGGACCGGUGGCUGCUGGAGAAGUGCAUCAGCGGCAGCCAGGGCAUGUGGCGCUUCCGAGCCUCCACGCAGGGAACGGCAGGGGAAGAACUGACCAACUUCUGGCUCAGCAUCGAAAGGCUUCUGGGGCUUGACGAGUCGGAUGCAGCACAGCAGGAGCUCUACCUGUCCCUGCUCCACAGGCUGAAAGCCACCCACCUGCGCGAAGGCUCCAGAGUCCUCACCCUCUGCGGCACCCUCACUGGGUCAUCGCGCAAAGUCAGGCACGUCGGGUCCAUCGGCACCCGCAGGGAGAUGCUAGUCAAGAUGCAGCAACGGGCCCUGUUUAUAAUUCAGAGUUACUGGCUCCCUAAAUUCUUCAUCCAGUGCAAGAUGGGCAUGGAAGAAGAGAAGUCGUGUUGGCCUCUGCUGCAGGACUAUCGGGAGCGGUUGGCGCGGGGCACCACGCAGGAGCCCCUGGGCGUUUCGGACGAUCUCUUCACAAUGCACAUUACAAAGAGCCAGGACUCGUCAGGGCCCUACUGCAGCAAGAAGGCCAAGGAGGAGAUCUGGGCUCUUGUCAAGGAGGGAAGAGACACCCAAGAAGCAAAGACAAGCUUUCAGACACAACCAGAGAGGCAGCCAGGGCCAGCUGGGAGCGUGAAGGGAUCGCAGCCGGGUAAGGAGGCUUUGGGACUGGGUCCUGCAAACGCCGCCUUUGGGGGCAAAGGAGGAGCAACCUCUCCCAAAAGACCUAGACCCAAGGCAGAGCUGGCCAUCCAUCUGGAGGACCUCUGUGAAGAUAAAGUCCUCUCUAGCCUGCGUUCCUCUGCACCUCUCUCCAAGCUGCCGACCCCAAAAAGGUCGUCCAAGACCCUUUGCUUCCUCCCCUGGGCCCUCAGUGCAGACAGCUGUGCAGGACGGCCCUUCAGGGACUUCUUGAAGCGCCAGGGCCAGACCAUGGAGACUCGUCUCCUGGACCUGUGGCACGACCUGGAAGAAUUUCUGCCUGUGGUGCUGGACCCCAGCAGAGAAAACAGUUUCUUCCUGCGCCAUUUGAUCGUGGACAGGAUAUGCAAGACCUACCUGGAGGAGAGCGCCGUCCAGCAGCUUCCCCUGGAGGCGAGGACUCUGCAGGGCCUGCGGGACCACCUGGCUUCUGGAGAGUUCACCCCCUGGAUAUUCAGAGCCCAGAAAGAGAUCUGCAAGGUCCUCUGCAACUUCUAUAAGAAAUUUCUGGCUGAUGACGACAAGACCUUCCUCCAGUUUAUGCCUCCGCAGAGCAGUGUCCCAGCACCCAAGGUGCAAGGACACGCUGUCAGUAAAGAGCAAUGUUUCCUCCUGUCUGAGCGGAUAAACGAAUCCUUGAAGCUGAGCCAGGCCUUGCAUGGCACGAGGAACUUGGAAGGCCUCUCCUCCGAGCACUGGCGAGCCUGGGCCACUCGGCACCUCCAGCAAGGGGGCUCCAUCCAGGCAGAGACGGAUCUCGUGAGCACGGCCGAUGCAGACUCCCAGAAGAUGACAUCAAAUGAGCCGGCCGCUCAGAAAGCCCCUCUGGCUGUGGAUAGCCCAAGCAAGGAUGAUGAGAUUUUGUCUCCCAAAAGCCCACCGCUUGGUGAGUCCAGUCCGAGCAGACCAGAAGCAGGGCAGGCUCCCAGGCAGCACUUCCUUAGGAUCCAGGCUGGGAGCACUUCUCUGAAGCAGAUGCUGAGGAGAUCAAACCAUGCGAGGGCAAAGGGCUUCUACAGCAUCCGGUGUCCCCAAGCUGGGCUCACCAUGCAGGGUGGAUCUGGAGGCAGCCUGGGCUUCUCCAGGGUCCCCUGCCCAAAGGACAGCUGUGAGCAGGCUCUAGUGGUCAGCCGAGGAUGGAGCCAACACUGUUCUGUCCCCACAGCUGCUGAGCCUGAGAACAAAAAAAAGAGGACUACUCCCAGGAGAAAAACCAAACCAAGUGCCACAAAGGUCACCUCUGUCGUGGUAGAGAAGCCAACUAAAAGACCCAGGCACUUUGUGAAGGUGCUGCACAACCCUGCCCACCUGCACUACUUCAGGCAGUUCCUCGAGGAGCGCAAGGCUGAUGAACCUUUGCAUUUCUGGAUGGCCAUGGAGAAGCUAGUCACAGAGCCCAAUGCCAAGACGAAGAGCGCCCUCAUUAGCAGCAUCGUCAGAAAUUAUUUCCAUGGUGACAUCCCAGCUGAGGAACAGCUGGACUGCCACUCUUCUAUCAUCAAAGAAAUCAGGGAGGCUGAAGUAGUCACACCCUUCAUGUUGAUGACAGCACAGGUCUUUGUCCAGAAAGCAAUGGAAAAACGAUGGUUUAAGGAGUACCAGGACCUGUUUCCCCCGAGUGACACACCCAAGUCUAACCUUCGUUUGCGGCACGGGAUGGGGAACUUCACAACAGACAGCCUGAGGUGGGCCUGGUUCGCCAUCCACGACAUCGUCAAGAGCAUCUGCAAGUUCCAUCGGGAGAUGAACAACGACAAGUGCCGCAUGGAGUUCGAGGGCUUUCUGCGAAAGGAAAGAGAAAAUGAGGAGGAAAACCUGCCCGCCACUUCGAUGCACAGCAGCAGCACUGCGAGCAUGUUACGCUCCCACGCCAUCUCCCGCAGCUCCCUGCAGGACAAGGACAUGGCUCUGGUGAAACGCCAGCUCUUUAACAACCAGCUCAUUACCGUCAACUUCCUCGUCGAUGACCUCCGCUUUUAUCUGGAGAUCGACAAGUUUUCCAGGCUGGCUGAUUCGGCCGAAGCUUUGGCAGCCCGUGACAUGCGCUCAGAAAAGGAAGUCGCCUUUCUCAAAAGGAAAGCUGCCAUCAUCAGCAAGCUCUUCCUGAACUCCGACAUCCCCCCCAAACUGCGGGUGAACAUCUCUGAAGAUGACAGAGACCUAAUCUGGAGUCUGUCUUCCAAGGGGUUGCUGAACCGCCUCCUCUACCACAGGGCCAAGGUCACCCUCCUCCCCAUCCUGAUACACUUCUGGAAGAGGUUCUGCAACUGGAAGGUGAUGAAGAGCUUUCGGGUCUCCACGGUGGAGCAGGAGUCAGCCUCCUUGCCCAGUAUAAAAGCCUGUUCCGAAGUAUCUGACAUCUACAAUCCAAGUAAGACGAGUGCUUGUCCCCCCAGCUCCAUGUUUGCCCUGUCUCAUUGUCCCAACAGCCAGCUGACCAAGGCUGUGGCUACACCAGCACCCCACCGCAUGCUCUGCUAUUCCACUUAGCUUCGAGGACUAUGUGGGGCAGACCUCGUUAAAACCAUUCCUUCUCCUCAAAAUCAGUCAAAAUCACCCAGUGGGUUUUUAGAAAUUUCUUUGGGGAUUAGAGAAGUGGGGGCAGACAGUUCAUAAGCAAAGAGCUGUUG